GGGAGCACCUGCGAAUCUGCCCACAAGGCUAUACCUGCUGCACCAGUGAGAUGGAAGAGAACUUUGCAAACAAAAGCCGAAGUGAAUUUGAAGCCAUGAUGAAAGAGGCUGGUCGCUCUGUGCAGAUGACUCUGACAGCGCAGCACAGAAGCUUUGACAGUUAUUUCCAGGAUUUGCUGAACAAGUCAGAAAAGGCCCUUUAUGAUGCUUUUCCAAGCCUGUAUGGAGAAUUGUACACUCAAAACGUGAAGGUCUUCAAGGACUUGUACAGUGAGCUACGCCGCUAUUACCGGGGCUCCAACAUCAACUUGGAAGAGGCCCUCAAUGAGUUCUGGACACGCUUACUGGAGCGACUCUUCAAGCUGAUGAAUCCCCAGUACCAUAUCACAGAUGAGUACCUGGACUGCAUGGUGAAACAUGCAGAGCAGCACAAACCUUUUGGUGAAGUUCCCAGGGACCUGAAGGUGAAGGCAACCCGAGCCUUCAUUGCAGCACGCUCCUACGCACAGGGCUUUCUUGUGGGCAGUGACGUGGUCAAAAAGGUGUCUCAGGUAUCUCUCAGCCACGAAUGCACUCGCGCCAUCAUGAAGCUGAUGUACUGCCCGCACUGCCGGGGCAUGUCCAGCGUGAAGCCCUGCAACAACUACUGCCUGAACGUCGUGAAGGGCUGCCUGGCCAACCAAGCAGACCUGAGCACCGAGUGGAAGUACCUGAUGGAUUCCCUGGUCGUAGUGGCUGAUCGGAUCGAUGGACCAUACAACGUCGACACUGUAAUAGGGACCAUUCACAUGAGGAUUUCUGAAGCUAUUUCUAACUUGCAAGAAAACAAAGAUUCGAUCACAGCCAAGGUUUUCCAAGGCUGUGGAAAUCCCAAAAUCAGCACAAAAGGCUCCAGCAGUGAGGACAAGAGAAGGUGGGGGAAAGUGGCAUUGGAAGCAAAGUCCUCUGCACAAGCACUGGAGAUGCUGGUUUUAGAUGCCAAAGGGAAUCUGACAGCUCUCAAGACUUACUGGAUCACCCUGCCUGGGAGCCUGUGCAGCAAAAAAGUAAUGGCCAGCUCAGUGGCAGAUGACAAGUGUUGGAACGGGAUGACCAAGGGCAGUUACCUGCCUGAAGUGAUGGGGGACGGCUUAGCUAAUCAGAUUAACAACCCGGAGGUAGAGGUGGACAUCACCAAGCCAGAUAUGACCAUUCGCCAGCAAAUCAUGCAGCUAAAGAUCAUGACAAACCGGCUGGGCAACGCUAACAUUGGGAAUGAUGUGGAUUUCCAAGACGCAAGCGACGACAUGAGCGGCUCUGGGAGUGGUGACAGUUGUCCCGACGAUGUCUGUGGCAAAAGACUCUCUAAGAGCCCCAGCACCAGGCAGCCAGAAACGCAUGCUAUUCCUAAGCAGUCUGGACAUGGCAUCAAUGGGGCCAGCAGCAGAUCUUUGCCUUCUGCCUUCCUCCUCUUCCUUUCGGUGGCUUUCAUUGCCGCGCAGCACUUGUGGCGGUAACUCUCUAGCACAGCCAGGAAAGAGACUGCGGCCGAGGGCUUCACUUCGCCAAAACCAACCAACCAACAACCAAAGGACGUAUUUAAUUCACCUUGGCAAAAAAAAAAAAAGGAAAAAAAAAAGGAAGAAAAA